AUGUCAGACACCGAGUCAACAACGCCUUCGGAAGCUGGCUCCCAGUCCAAGCGGCACAGGAUGAAGGCAUUCUUAAAGGAGAACUGGGCCAAGGGCGUCGACAAGGCCCAGGAUGAGAUGCUCAAGGGCAAGAUCAAGCUCCAGCAGUCCCUCGGCCUGGGCCACAAGCCCAACGCCAUCCCCCCGGGCCCUCCCAGCAUCACUGGGGACCAGCGCCCCGUCCAUCUCGCCUGGCACCCCGUCGGCGGCUUCGCCGGCAAGUGGUUCGCCGAGGAGACGGGCCUGGGCAAAAUGAUCACGGAGAAGAUCCAUAAGUACCCGGACCCCAGCCAGCACUGGGGGGUUAUCGUCGGAGACUUCUGCCAUCAGUUGUGGAUGGACGAGCAUCUCGACGUGAUCUACAUCAACGAGCAGAUCAAGCGAGAGGAAUGGACCUUCUACGACGUCGGCCACACAACCUUCAACGACGAGGCACUGAGACAAACCGGCGAAAUGGUCAUCUACAGCAUGCGCGCCAAGAAGGCGGCGUACAACCUCAUCAGCAACAACUGCCAGAACUUCGCCAUGCUGAUGCUCAACGCCAUCCACGUGGGCGCGCACCGCGAGUUCGCCACCAGCUACGCCGUCUGGCAGAGGGCCACGGGCAAGGGCAGCAUCCGGGACCUGUUCAAGCCCGACGACGCCACCUCCAACGACGAGGAGGAGCAGAAGCCGCCCGAGGCGGGCCACCAGGAGGCCAUGCAGCACGCCCAUCAAGUGAUGGAGCAGAACACCACCCACCUAGACACCCACGGUCAUCACGACCAUUGUGGAUGUUAG